CUAGUGAAAUUAUCAAUUUUUUUAUUAAAAACACAAUUGUCAGCAAUAAUCCAUUUGUUUAAAGCAAAAUACAGAAGAAUAAAGUGUUAAAUAUUCUCAGUGUUUUAACAAAAACUGUUAAACUGUAAAGGAAACAUUUUCUGAAAGAAAUUAGUUAAAACUAGAUUAGUACUAGUUUCGGAAAAAGAUUAUCAUUGAUUAAUCAUGAUUAGACUAUUAAUUGCCUGCAUACUAAUUUCACUCGUGACUGGAAAAAGUUAUGACUCGUAUGGAAUUAAUUUAGAAAAUUUAAAAGAAUCCCUUCAAGUUGCGAGCCAAAAUAUAGAGUCUGAAGUAACAUAUUUAGAUUCAGUUAUUUUCAUUGGCAAUAAAAACUCUGGUAAAAGUACACUAAUUAAUUACUUAAUCGGCAACAAACUAAAGGCUGUAAAAAUUUCCCCAUUUGAACCACUAAAAAUAAUAAAAGCAGAAAAUGAAUCUGAAGGACCGGAAAUGGAUAGUGGAUCACAAUCAAAAAAUACAAUUCCGACAAGAUGGAGUUCGAAAAAAUUGAACGAUUUAACCCUGUGGGAUGCUCCCGAUAUGGACGACAAUGGAGAAGAACUACAAGACAUCGUUAGGAGUUUUUAUUUUUUUAAAUUGAUGAAAAAUGUUAAAUCUCUAAAAAUUAUUUUAGUUAUUAACAUUAGGGACAUAGAAGAUGAUAGAAAAAAUUAUUUGUCACUUCUAACAGCCAUGGAAAAUAUUUUUGGAAAUCAUUUCGAGGAAUAUUUUUCAAGUACUUCGGUAAUUUUCACUAAAGUUCGAAACACUAGUGAAAUUCCAGUUGAUUAUAAAUACAUAGGGUAUCAUUUAGAGAAGCAUUUUUUAAAUGACUCUGGAUUGAAAUGGUCCCAAGUAUCAAAAAAUUUUACCCGAUUUUUAUUGGCUAACAAUGAUCGUAUUGCACUCUUAAAAGAAAUGUCACAUGACGGUGAUGUUACUUCUGAAAUCGAUUUUAAUAUUUUCACUGCUAUUGAAAAAUCAAAAAUUAUUCCUAAAAGUUCUCUUCAAGAUUUACGUCCAAGUAUUUCAAAUUCUUUAAAGCUUCGUUUGAGCUACUCCCAGGAAAAAUUACAAUUGGAAUUAUCAAUUAAAGAAAUUGAAAUUAUUCUCGCAGAAAAGAUCGAAAAAUAUAUUGUAGACGCAAACAAUUUGGCCAUUAAAUCAAAUAUGAUACAGAAAAUGCAUUUAGAAUUAUACCUAAUUGGAGGUAUUCUUCAGUCAUCUUUGGAUAGUGGAUAUAGCUUUGAAUUGAAAAUAAAAUCUCUCUACCCAGUUGAUGUGAAAAUUAGACAAAAAAUUGAAGAGAGUAGACUUUUGCAAAAUUUUCAACUUUUAACGUUUAUUGAAAGCACAUUAAAUAUAAAUAUAACUAAAUCAUUAGAGUCCAGUCUAUACGAUGUUGUAUUUUCUUCAUUGUUAAAAGUUGAAUCACUGACUUCCAUGAUUACUUUAAAAUUGGAAGUUUUAAUGGAAAAAUUGAAUAGGAAGUACUUGAGAAAUACAAUUAACGAGCAGAUUCAAAAGAUUUCAUUAUUAAAGAAAGUAUAUGUGCAAGUAAUGAAUGAUAGUCAUAUGAGUAUAUCGGAUUUUAUUGCACAAAGGUAUUAUAACUUUAUUAACAAAAUUCAAGUUUCGCUCUUUCUAGUAAGAGAACUUUCUUAAUUUCACCAAUAAAACUAAUCAUUUUCUUUAAAUUUUCUACCACAUUUUAUUAAUUAUCUAUUUAAUAAAAUACAGAAAAUUAUCAAAAUUCUUUUGGUAAAUUUUAUUCCAACAUUUCUAUUUAAAAAUUGAACACUAUCAGUCUUUUUCUUUCAAAGUUUAGAUUCAUGAAAAUUAUUAAAAGGAAUAAUAAUUUUUAAAAUAUUCUUCAAAUUCUUUUUCUAAAAAGUAAAAUUAAUAAAACUUAAUUUCUAUUUUAAUUUACAGA